GAAAUAAAUAUGCAACAGGCUGCAAUUUUGUAAGGUUUUAAAUUGGCUUCAGAGCCACAAAGUGCAAGUCAAAUUUGGAAUAAAAUACAUUUCAGCCUGAUGCAAUCUGUGUAAUCUUCAUUAAACUUUUAACAAUAAGGUGCACAUCAUAUUUGAGAACUCUUUUGAGAAGCUCAACUCCUCCUUGCCAUCCGAGCAGGUCCGCCUCCUCUCAGCGCUGCUCCAGCAGCGGACGCCGGCGGCUCUCAGUGCGCGGUUUCUCCGGACUGAUGCGCCUACGUUCAUUGUGACUAUGAAAAGUUGACAUAGCGCGUUAAAGCCUAGUCCCACUUCUAGAUGCAAUUUUGGAUACACCUGUAUGAUUUUGGAGCCACGCGAGGGCUAUGGAAUUUUCUUGGCAGCUACAUUAAAUGGUGACAGCAGCGUUUGCGUAAUUGUAGCCUUAUUUCUCUUUUCGGCACCCCGCGAGACUCAACAUGCAUAAGUUAUAUAUUGUCAUCAUAAUGUGCUGUACCUUAUUUCCACGGGCCUUUGCAGCGCCAAAGACCCUGGGUACAGAUCCCAGGUCACAACCUGACAGCAGUGCAGAGCAAAAUGAGAGGCUGCAGGAGGAGAUCGAUGGUCAUGAGAACAUCCUCUCUAAGUUGCUGGGUGAUUAUGACAAAGUGAAAUCCCUCUCAGAAGGCUCUGACUGUCGGUGUACAUGUGUUGUCAGACCCCUGAGCAGGAGCGCCUGCCGGCGGAUAGAAAAGGGCAGCGCCACUGCGCAGGACUUCUACACUGUGGAGACGAUCACAUCUGGACCAGAGUGCAAGUGCGCCUGCAUCGCUCCUCCAUCAGCGGUCAACCCAUGUGAGGGGGAGUUCAGGCUGAAAAGACUCAGGGAAGCUGGAAAAGCGAAUGUCAAGCUGUCCACGAUCCUUGAGCUGCUGGAGGGCUCCUUCUAUGGCAUGGAUCUACUGAAACUGCACUCCAUCACCAAUAAGCUCCUGGAUCGGGUAGAGCAUCUUGAAAAGGCGGUGUCUCUGAACAGCACCACAAAUAAGGUGAAGCCCCAGAAGAGACCUAUAAUUCAGGCAGAUGUGACCGAAAGCCCACCCAGCCCUCCUCCUCGCUGGCAUCAGGACAAGAGGAGACUGAGCAAAGUCAGCGGGGCAGAAGUAUAUUCAAACCCAGAGGGAAACUAUGAGGAGAGGUUUACUGUGGAAAAAUCAUCCUUCCUACAGACUGAUGGUUCUGCUCAGCUCAUUGAGAACAAACUUCAGGUGACUCCCAGAAACGUGGCCAACAAGGAGGCUUCUCAGGUGUCAAAAACAGGCCCAAAUGGCAUGAUCAUUAGAGGAAUGACUUUUUAUAAAUCUGAGCCAGAUCCGAUGGUGGCAGAUGAUGGGGAGCCUGGAGAGAACUUUUUUGAGUAUCAUGGAUUCAGUGGUGAUGGCCCAAUCAACCUCUUCAUUGAAGAGAAUCUUCUUCAACACAGACCCCCUCGGCCCAGGAUGAAGGCUAGACCCACAUUAUUUCAACCAAAGACAACAGCUGCAUUGCAUGGUUCCAGGAAAACCAGCCAGUCAACAAAACCAAAAGAAACUGAGCCCACUGCAGAAAAUCAUAAUGAGGUCAUUAAUGUCACGGAAACUACAUCAGUGGAUGCAUCUGUAGGUGUACAGAGUGACACCUCCACACUGAGAAGCAUCACAACUGGACCAGCCACAACCACACAACAAACCAGGACCACAGACACUUCACUUCAGACUACUCAAAGAGCCACAUCUGGAAUCACAAAGCGGCUACUCCCCUUGAUGGAAGAACCAGCUGGCACUUUUCCACACCUCACUGCCAAAGAAACAACAACACAUAUAAUUAUAAUGAACACAACCCAACCCUCUGUACAGACAGCCACAGAGGAAACCCUAACAGAAUUGACAACAAGAAAUACACCAACCACCAUGAUGGAAAUAUCAACGCCAGAGCUGAAAGACCAAAUGCAAACCACACUUGGCAGCACUGCACUUAAUCCAAGCACACUUGCACCAGAUCCAACCACAGAGGCUUCAGCUACCAGCCCCACUUCCACUAAAACUAUCACCACCAAAGCUGACCUGACCUCAGCACCAGUACACCCCUCCACAGCUGCCUCCACACAGGCUGCUACCACUGCACCACAGGAACAAACUGAAUCCACCUAUGUUUUGGGCUCAACUUUGCUUCCUACCAGUUUGCCUUCACACACUCCUCUGCCUUUCAGCACACCUGUGACUACCUCUUCAGCCACCACCACCACCAGGCAGGCUCAAGCUGAACAGAAAUACAAAAUCAGCUGGGAUGGGGAAAAGGCGGAUGAAGGACAUCUGGAAUUAGAUGAGCCAAUGCAAAGACAGGAGGAAGCUUCUUCUAAAAAACAUGGGGAGUGUAAGGACACUUUGGCAACAAUCUCUGAGCCAGUAACUCACAACACCUAUGGCAGGACUGAGGGAGCGUGGAUGAAGGAUCCAAAAUCUAAUAAUGAUAAAAUCUAUGUCACAAACUUCUAUUAUGGAAACAACCUCCUGGAGUUUCGCAACCUGGAGGUUUUCAAAGAAGGGCGUUUCACCACCUCCUACAAGCUUCCUUACAACUGGAUCGGCACAGGUCAUGUGGUCUAUGAUGGGGCCUUCUACUACAACCGUGCCUUCUCUCAUGACAUCAUAAAGUUUGACCUCCAUCAGCGUUAUGUGGCCGCCUGGACCAUGCUGCACGAUGCCCUGUUGGAGGAGUCGACAUCACAGUGGGAGUGGCGCAGCCACUCAGACAUCGAGUUUGCUGUGGAUGAGACUGGCCUGUGGGUCAUCUACCCUGCACUGGAUGAUGAAGGCUUCUUACAGGAAGUGAUAGUUCUGAGUCAACUAAACCCCUCAGACCUCAGCAUGCAGAGGGAGACCACCUGGAGAACUGGGCUUCGGAGAAAUCACUACGGGAACUGCUUCAUUGUGUGUGGCGUUCUGUAUGCUGUUGACAGCUACAAACAAAGAGACGCCAACCUAGAAUACGCCUUCGACACACACACAAACACUCAGAUGAUUCCCAGAAUGCCCUUCAUCAACAACUACACCUACACCACACAGAUUGACUACAAUCCCAAAGAGGGUGUUUUGUAUGCAUGGGACAAUGGACACCAAGUCACAUACGGCAUUAAGUUUGCAUAUGUAGACCCUUAGUGAGGGUUCAACAUUUUCAUAGUUUAAACGGUAAUUAAAGGUAAUUCUAUCAUUUAAAUGGAUUGUAGAUCAGUCCAUAUGGCCUUCAGUAUGGCGACAAAUGAGGCCAUAUAUAUAUAUAUGUUUAGUAUAUUGAUUAGAUUUUGUUGUUUUAUUGAGAAUAUUUUAAAUUUUACCUGAAACAAAUGAUAAAGUGAACCCAAUUCCUCAGUCAAUACAGCAAGUUGUACUGUGCAUAUUGUAAUGCUGUUUAAAAAAAAAGCCCUUUGAGAUACAGAUGGGUGACAAUGGAAAAGCAAAGUGUCUCAGUAUGAUGUUGGGCCACCAGAACAACUUCACUGAACCUUGGCAUUGACUCUACAAGUCUCUGAACUCUACUGGAGGGAUGAACACCAUUCUUCCACAAAAUAUUUCCUCAUGUGUUGUUUUGGUGGAGAUGCUGUCUAACAUGUCACUCCAAAAUCUCCCAUAGGUGUUCAGCUGGGUUGAGAUCUGGUGACUGCGAAGGCCAGCACACAUCAUGCACUGUCAUCCUGGAAGAGACCACUCAUUUAUUCAGGUUUUUACUUUGUAGUUUUUCCUCAACUGCUAACAUGCAGUGGUCACAAAUGAAGCCAAAUUAUGAAAACUCUUCACACAAUGAGCAAAACUGAAGUGGCGCAAACUGUGGAUCAGUUUUCAUUGUUUUCACACAAAACGCAUUCAGUGAUCCCAUCUUCCAGAAUUGAGCAACUCUUUUCUCAUUCAAACUACAUCACCAGCACAACAAGUUAUAUUUGCAGCACUUUUUUGUCCCAAAACUAUUAAAACACAUUCAAAACUGAAUGGACAGGAUUAUGGGAGGAAGCCAGAGUACCCAGAGAGAACUGAUGCAGGCACAGGGAGUACAUGCAAACUCCACACAGAAAGGCACUGAGACAAUGAGGAAUCAAACCAGAACAUUGUUGGUGUGAGGGAGCAGAGCUAACCACUGUUCCACAAUGCUGUCCAUAUAGCAGAAUAUUUUAAAUAACAUUAACUCAUCUGUCCAAACACAGCUAAAUGCUGUUUCAUUUGAAAGCAAACACAGGCGUCCUGUGUUUAGUCUCAUUACCAUCAGUAGUGAAAGGGAAGCAUGUCAUCAAUUCUGUUUGGAGACAUGGAUCAUGGAAAAUAGGUUGGUGGGGAAAGAGGGUUGAAUUAGGCAUUCCAGUAGAUGUUUUCCAUUUUGUUUACAAUAUGCAAAGCAUAUAAAGUUAUUUCUGCAUUUUGGAUUCAUUCUUGUUGCAUAUACUUUACUGCAGUCAAGACAGUGGGAAGGUGUCAUUCCCUAAUGAAAUACUGAUUUAUGUGUUAAAUCAUUAAAAGUAUAAAGACUGGUAAUGCAGGCUGUGUGAAGAGGUUUGGUAAUAUGACCUCAGUUCAGACCGAUGCUCGUUAGCAACUGAGAAAAACUAAUUUGUCACGCAUCUAUAAAUGAACGUAGAAAGGUGUCAGAAUGAGACAUUGGCUUGGUGCAAAGCAAUUCACAUAAACAAGCAUGAACGCUUACUCUCUGAACAAAUGACCCGCUUUGAAGGACAAAUUCUAUGCUUCUGUUUUAUACACAAUGUUUUGUAUUACAUAUUUCUUUACAUCAUACGGUAUGCCACAGGUUGUUUUGUGGAAGCACUUACUCCCUUCAUAUCAAACUGUUUUGAGGAG